AUGGAUCAAAACGGAAAUUCUCGUUCAGAAUCUUCAGUCCCACCGCCACCACCGCAACAUCCGGAGGUUGCCUCUGGUGGUAACAACCAUCCUUACUCUCGAAAGGAACGUUCUCCGUCACCUCGCUAUCGUCGUCCAUCUUAUUCUCCAAGGCGUCGAAGUCCUUCUCCCAGAGGCUAUCGCAACGGAAGAGAUGAUAGGUACAGAGAAGAUCGGUAUGUUAGAGAGGAUCGAUAUGAUCGUGGGUAUAGUAGAGGCGGUGGCGGAGGCUACAGAGAGGAUAGAGGUUACCCCUACGGUUCUGAAAGAAGAGGCCCACCAAGGAGAAGCAAGCCUGUUGAUCGCGGUUCCGACAAGGAAAGACGUGACUCCACUACCCUUUAUGUUGGCAACCUUCCUUACUCCUUCCGUGAACAAGACGUAGCCGACAUGUUCGAACGUUACGGCCGUCUACGGAAAGUAACGGUUCAAAUCGACCAUCACACUGGAAGAAACAAAGGAUUUGCUUUUGUUGAGUUUGAAGAUCGAAGAGAUGCCGAAGAUGCCUUUGACAAGUACAACGGAACCAAUGUAGAAGGUCGUCGUCUUAAGCUAGAUUGGGACAUCGGUUUGGGCAAGAAGGACCAACACCGCAGAGAUAAACAUCUCGCUAUGGAAAAUUACGGACGUUCUGCAGAACCUUACGCACGUGGUGCUUCACCCCUUGGCCUGCGUGGAUUUAGUCCAAAUUAUAGGACCGGUGGUCGAUCACCCAGUCCCUACCGUCGAUAA